AUGGGGCGGAACAAGAAGGCACCAAAGUUCCCGCGGGCCGCGCAGGUCCAGCGCGCAAAUAAUGCGCUGUUUUCUUACGGCAUGGACUCUGGGUCGUCGUCAGAUCCAGAGUCACCACCACUACCACCAGGAGGUCCGUCUGCUGCACCAGCAGACCGGUCGCCUUCUCCCCCUUCUCCCGUUCCGGGUAUUGAUUGCGCGACGAUUGAAAGCGCAACACAGACAAUCCUCGACGAGUUUGCCUUUGACGAAGGCAAGCGAAUUUUCGACAGCGAAGAAGCGGGCGACCCCGUCUUCGUCGCGAUGUUCAAGGCUGCCUUUCUCGACGAAGACACAGAGACUGGCAAGAAGACGUGGCGAGUGGACGUCGACAUCCUGGGUGUCCUUGCGGAGGCCUGCCGCAACUCUCCGGGGCUUGAAAACCUGAAACUGCUUGAGAAUCCAGAGACGGGGCGUCAGUACUUGUCCGGAACGACUGAAGCCGGCGCGCUCGAAUCAAUCCGCACCUUUGCCCUCAACUGUGCCCGUGCAGAAUUGCCAAGCCUUCCCGACAAGCCAGACUUCACUGAAGAUCCGCUCCACGACAGCGUCCAAACCUUUGUCUACCUGGGCCUCAUCGCCAUCCGCGCUUUCAUCAGAAACAGACAUCGCCUGAAUCAAAAAAUAAACCCACUUUAUCUUUUCGAACGUGCCAGAGCCAGCAGUAUGGCAGACGAACCAAAUUUCUUCACGUUCGGUGAGAUGGGAGAAAUCUACGACCCGCAAGCGAUCGCUCUCGAGAAAUCGAAGAAGAAAUCUCGCAAGCGCGCAGCCAAGAAAGCCGCCGCAAAGGCCAAGGAGAACGAGAAGAACAACACCGAAGUCGCUGAAGGUGACACUGCCGUUGAGGCCAGCAGCAGUGAUCCUGCCGACGCUGCAACUGCCAGCAAUGAAGCUGUUUCUGCUCAAAUCGCGUCCGCCAGCAAUGAAGCAGCCGUCACCACGCCUGCGCCAGCCAGCCGUGAAGCUGCCAUCACCAAUCCUGCUCCUACCCUCACCGCUCCUUCUGGUCUUGAUCCCGAUAACCCUCUCGUCGCCAUGGAAAUGGCAACGCAAGCGCUGUCAAUGUACGGCGCCCGCCCACCUCCUGGUCUCAGCCAAUAUCUCGGCACGCCAAUCCGCCCUCGUGCUGCUCGUCCUGCCUCUGCGCGAAACACCGAGCCACGAAACCUUGCAGAUGCGACCUCUCUCGCCGACCCAGCUGAUACGCCCACUCCCCCUCGUCGACCACGCCGCGAUGGUCGCCGUCGCCCGGCUGCAGGUGCUCUCACUAGCACUGCUGCUGCCGGCGCCGGGCCUGCCACUGGGACUGAAGAAGCCACUGAGAGUAUCAUGACACCUCUUCCGGAAAGUCAAAAACACAGUCGCAACGAGACCAUUGAAGAAUAUCAGCGUCGCACUGCUCCUCCCGUGGCUCCAGCUCCUACAGAGUACAGAGUCCACCCAGUCAACAACGAAGAAUUUGUGAUCACCGGUUUUGGACCUCAAUCCUUCACUGCAGCUGUCCGCGAUAUCGCUGGUGCUGUCACUUCUGGUGUUAGGCCUGAUGACCCUGCUGCGAUCGCUCGAACCAUGAUGGGUGCUCAAGCCUCUCUCCCUGCCACUGCUGUUACGCCCGAUGCCACCGAAGCUGACUUUGCUUCCAUUGCUCGCGCAAUCAUGGCCGGUCAAGCUCCGCCUCCCCGUGGUGCUUUCCUCGGUCGCUCCAACAUCAGCGAUGAGGAAAUUCGCGACGCUAUGACUCUUGUUGGCGACAGCAGCGCUGGUGCCCACACCACUUCUCGCACCGUCGCCGGUCCCAGUCGUCUUCCUGGCCAGGCACGUCAGACUGCAGUUCCUCAUCUUCCAGACGUCCCGCAUCCAGGUGCAGCUUCUCGUCUCCCAACCCAGCCUCGUCAACCUGCAGCUUCUCGUCUUCCAGAAACUCCACGUCCAGGUGCAGCUUCUCGUCGUCAAGGUCCGCCACCACUUCAAACCGCAGCUUCCUCUCGCGCCAUGCAGAGACUCUACGAUGCAAUCGGGGUCGAGUUGGAUGCUGUUCACGGCAUGGAUCCAGUUGCCCGUCGCGCUGCCCUCGCGCAGGCUCAACAACGCCUUCUACGCUCCGAGACCCUCGCUGCCGCCCGCCGGGAUAUGCCCCUUCGACCCACCGCCACUGCCGCCACCCAAGCCGCGUUGCAAGAGGGAAGAGACGAUGCCUUGAAUGCGGCGGAAGAACAACGUCGCGCCGAGCGAGCAAGAGCCACAAGAGCCAGACCUACUCGUGGACCCAACGCAACCAACACUCGUGCCCGCGAACAGGGCUACUCGUUCGACAUUGGCGGUAUGCGCGGUUACCUUGGCGAGUUGGAAGCCAUGCAGAUCGAUGGACUUCGCGAUCCGCGCGUUGCCGCAGAACACGAGCGCCGUCAGGCCGAGAGAAUGCGUGGCGUCCGCGAGCGCCGCGCGGCUGCUGUGCAAGACAUUAUUGACCGUUCAGCCCAAAUCGACCGCGAGGCAGAAGAGGAGUCGCACCGCGCGAUGGCUGCACUUGAGGAGAAAGAGAAGAAGGAGAAAGAGGAGAGAGAGGCCGCGCGCAAGGCAGCCGACGAGGCGAAGAAGGCCGAGAAGAAGGCCAAGAUUGCCGCGAAGCGAGCCGAGCGAAAGGCCAAGAAGUGA